UUGUUGUUGUUACAUAGUUUCUUAAUACUAUAAGUUAUUUACUCAGCUCAUACAACAAGACAUUGCGUGCAGAUCCUGGGUAUCCUGUGCAUGUCCCUAGCCUCCCCCGCAUAUUAUGGCGGCACACAUUUCUUCCUGUUCGUAGCUACGACCAGUUUCAUCGGCACCAUGAUUUGGAUCUUCAUUUACCUUUUAGGAAUCAGGGAGGCCUUGCAUGCAGUGCCGAUUAACUGGAUUUUAACGGAGUUGGUGAACACAGGAAUUUGCACGGCCUUUUACAUCAUAGCUUUCAUCAUUCAGCUGAUCGUUGGUGCGACAGUACAUCACGCGUACUCGCAUCGAGGAGCUUACAUUGCAGCAGGGGUAUUCGGGAUGAUCAACGCAGGCGUCUACGGUUUCGCUACCUACCUGCUGCACUUGGAAUGGAAAUCCAGUCGGACAACGAAUUAGGUUAUUUUUUUGUAAUUUAAGGAAUACGUACUGUAUAGAAUUUAAGCCACAUCGUCGUAUUUUGUUGUCGAGUUUAUCAAGUCUAAAAUAAAAUCUAACUUAACCUAAGGAUGAUUUCCUCUAAUGGCGUUGGAUUUAGCUCUCUUAUAGCCCGUCUGACAUUGACAAUAACUCCACGGAUUUCUUCAUGGCGAAAUUUCAAAAGUGAAAAUUCAAUAUCAUAUAUACAUAUAUAUAUAUAACUUGAAACGUGGACAUUGUCGUCUAGACCAGUUAGGUGACAAAUAAAGCUCCCGCCUUUAGUUGGGUACUUCGACAAAAUUCAAGCAAUACUUUAUCAGUCUCUAGCUUUCAAUGGACUAUACCGUCAUCAUCAGGAGCUGCAAUAACAUUAAGAAGAAAUAGCAGCUAUUGUGCAAAAUGAUUUUAAAUUACUUACGAUAGUAUGUGAGAUUGUUGCUAAAUGUUAUUAAAGGAUAAGUUGAGGGAAACAUUUAGUAACCUGGUGAAAGAUGAUUCCAUGAUACAUUCGUUAAAAUUAAUAUAAAAUACACACAGCUGU